GGUGCUUAGGCAUUUUAAGAUAACUACUUCAGUUUGAUGAGGGUGCCCUGUGCGGCGAUGAGGGGUGGCAGUUUGAGAACAAGGGAAGCGACAGUCCAGAUGGGGCGAGGGGUGGCCCGCAGCCUCGGGCUCGUACGUCACUGGGGCGCGCCUCUUCCGGUCCCCAGAGCUAUCGAAAAAGACUUCUCUUUGGUGGGAGUCAGCCUGCCUCCUGCAAUCCCCCAGAGCCCACAGUCACACUGAGCCAUCCGGCGAUUCCGCCACCGUCCUCCCUCACUCCCGCGACCAUGGCCACUGACUCAUGGGCCCUGGCAGUGGACCAGCAGGAAGCAGCGGCCGAGUCGUUGAGCAACUUGCAUCUUAAGGAAGAGAAAAUCAAACCAGAUGCCAAUGGUGCUGUUGUCAAGACCAAUGCAAAUGAGGAGAAGACAGAUGAAGAAGAGAAAGAGGACAGAGCUGCCCAGUCCUUACUCAACAAGCUGAUCAGAAGCAACCUUGUCGAUACCACAAACCAAGUGGAAGUCCUGCAGCGGGAUCCAAACUCCCCCCUCUACUCCGUGAAGUCUUUUGAAGAGCUUCGGCUGAAACCACAGCUUCUCCAGGGAGUUUAUGCCAUGGGUUUCAACCGUCCAUCCAAAAUACAAGAGAAUGCAUUGCCUUUGAUGCUUGCAGAACCCCCUCAGAACUUAAUUGCCCAGUCUCAGUCUGGUACUGGUAAAACUGCUGCCUUUGUGUUGGCCAUGCUCAGCCAAGUGGAACCUGUAAACAAAUUCCCCCAGUGUCUGUGCCUCUCUCCAACAUAUGAACUUGCCCUUCAAACAGGAAAAGUAAUUGAACAGAUGGGCAAAUUUUACCCUGAACUAAAGCUGGCUUAUGCUGUUCGAGGCAAUAAAUUGGAAAGGGGUCAAAAGAUCAGUGAGCAGAUUGUCAUUGGUACCCCUGGGACCGUCCUGGACUGGUGCUCCAAGCUCAAGUUCAUUGACCCCAAGAAGAUCAAGGUGUUUGUUCUGGAUGAGGCUGAUGUGAUGAUAGCUACUCAGGGCCACCAGGACCAGAGCAUCCGCAUCCAGAGGAUGCUGCCCCGGAACUGCCAGAUGCUGCUUUUUUCUGCCACCUUUGAAGACUCUGUGUGGAAGUUUGCCCAGAAAGUGGUCCCAGACCCAAACGUUAUCAAAUUGAAGCGCGAGGAGGAGACCUUGGACACCAUCAAGCAGUAUUAUGUCCUGUGCAAUAGCAGAGAUGAGAAGUUCCAGGCCUUGUGUAACCUCUACGGGGCCAUCACGAUUGCUCAAGCCAUGAUCUUCUGCCAUACCCGCAAAACAGCUAGCUGGCUGGCAGCAGAGCUCUCAAAAGAAGGCCACCAGGUGGCCCUGCUGAGUGGAGAAAUGAUGGUGGAGCAGAGAGCUGCGGUGAUUGAGCGCUUCCGAGAGGGCAAAGAGAAGGUUCUGGUGACCACCAACGUGUGUGCCCGCGGCAUCGAUGUCGAACAGGUGUCCGUCGUCAUCAACUUUGAUCUUCCUGUGGACAAGGACGGGAACCCAGACAAUGAGACCUACCUACACCGAAUUGGGCGCACUGGUCGCUUUGGCAAGAGGGGCCUGGCCGUGAACAUGGUCGACAGCAAACACAGCAUGAACAUCCUGAACAGAAUCCAGGAACAUUUUAAUAAGAAGAUAGAAAGACUGGACACAGAUGAUUUGGAUGAGAUUGAGAAAAUAGCCAACUGAGAAGCUCCACCAGUCACUGGUGCCCACCCUGGCACUGCCCCUGCCUGGAAGACUAGUGCUUUCUCAGCACAGGCCUGGACAGUCACCACAACUACGAAGGCAUGAGCAGAGAACCUACCUACCUCAUUUUAAAUUACGUUUGGACUUGACCAAAAUUUCUGCAAAUGAUGGGGGACGGUAGAAAAAAAUUGUUUACACAACUUUGGAAGAUUAGGCGUGAAUACACAGAAAUUUACCUUUUGGAAA